AUGGAUGAUUGCAAGGCCGUCGCAAGUCCAGUCGACAUGAGCUCUCGACUUGUUUCAAGUGAUGCAGCCACCAAGGUCGAUGCUCCUUUUCGCGAAGCUGUUGGUGCGUUGAUGCACCUGACCACUGCAACGCGCCCGGAUAUUGCGUUCGCCGUGGGCUAUGUGUCGCGAUUCAUGGAGAACCCCCGAGAAGAACACUUGGUUGCGGUCAAGCGCAUCUUCCGCUACCUACAAGGCACCAAGAUGCACGGAAUCUGCUACAAGCCUAAUGCUAAGAUCGACUUCCGUGGCUACUCGGAUGCAGACUGGGCCGGUGACCUCGCUGAUCGCAUGUCGACGUCUGGUUACGUAUUCAUGCUGUUGGGUGCGCCAGUGAGUUGGGGCAGCAAGAAGCAGCCAAGUGUUUCGUUGUCCACGAGUGAAGCCGAAUACAUCGCACUCAGCUUGGCGAUUCAAGAGGGCAAGUGGAUUCAUCGUCUACUUUGUGAGAUCAUGAUGGCUGCCAAUGAAGAAGGACCGGAGCUCAUGAUCCAUGAAGACAAUCAGUCGUGUAUCAAGAUGACGAAGAACCCAGUCAACCACGGCCGUGCCAAGCACAUUGACAUAAAGUAUCAUCACAUCCGUGAUGAGGUCAAGCGCGGUGAAGUGAAGCUCAAGUACUGUGAAACUGCGGUGAUGUUAGCGGACAUCAUGACGAAGGGACUUCACGGGCCACGCCACAAGGACUUGACGGCGGCUCUCGGCAUUCGUGAGCAUUCGGAUUGA